AUGGCUAAGGGCCUUAAUACCAUAAAAUUACAGUCAUUGGGGAUCCCAAUUGCAAGCUCUCUGUCGUUCGCUGGCUCGCGCACCCUGAUCCUCGUCCGUGAAUAUCGUGGUCUUGAUUCUGGGGCCGCGAAACGUCGAAAGGGUUCGUUGAAAACAUAUGCCUCCCGUCGUCGUCAUGCUUCUUCUGCUAUCGAUGGAUCUCCAUCGAAACGUCGUCGUUUUUCUUCUCCUCGUCCCACCAAGUCUGUUGACCUUGUGUCCGACUCCGAAUCCCUUAAAGAUGGUCCGUCUAAUUUUCUUCGUCCGCCGACCCCGGUUCGUGCUGUUUUGUCCCGGAUCCAGAACGAAAUUGGAAACGUGCAAGUUUCGAUCAAUCAUCUUACCGAUUGUCUGACGAGUGAGACGAAGGAGCUUCGAGGGACCGCUGAGACUGGUUUCGCGAACAUUACUUCGGCAUUUGAUGCGCCAAAAGAUUAA